GCACAUGUGAAAUGACAAGUUAUAUUUCGAUGAGUUUAUGAACAAUUGCAUUUAAUAUUGUGAGUUCUUGUAAAGUGACUUUUACUUUGAGUAAAAACUUGAAAUACAUCUAAUAAACAAUGAGUUUUGGUCUACCAACGGUUCUUCCAAAACCUACUAUCAAUGACCAAUUCAACAUUCGUGAUGACAACUAUGGUGUACCAAAUCCUAUGAUUUCUGGAUUAGGUGCAAUUAGACAGAACAUUGGUUACUCACAUCCCUUAGAAGCAUCUGAAAAAAAUUAUGAAAAAAAUCGUAUACGCACAAACAUGAUAUUGCUCAGAAACACGCAAGGAUUACAUGCUCCAAUGCGCAUGGCAAUGGAAUUAAAAGCCACUGAAAAAAUUGGUAGACUUCCAUUUCUACCAUCAUCAAACAUGAUGAGAGAUGUUUUACUUGGACGAGAUGAAGAAAUAGGGUUUGAAGAUAUAUUAAAUAUUCCUGAAUUUAGAGAAGAGAUGGGUCAACCGCAUGCUGUUGUUGAAAGAAGUCUUGGACUUUUAUAAAUAAUAAAAUUUUUAUUUAUAAUGCAUAAAACAUUAGUUUUGUAUUCUUAAAUACUUUACAUAAAAAUAAAUAUUUGAUUCCGUCAGUUAAUUUAUGAGUUAUAAGUAAUUUGUCUAAUUCAGGAAAAAAAUAAACUAGUAGUUCACUAUA